AUGUCUGGGAGUCAAUAUUGUAAGGUUAAGGAGUGCCCUUGGGUGGUUUAUGCAUCAAGGGACCAUGAGGACACUUGUUGGCAGAUCAAAACCUUUAAUGACGACCACACAUGUCCCAGGGAAGACAAAAAUAGGGCUGCUAAUAGGAAUUGGGUCUGCAGCAAGCUUGUGAAGAAGGUUAGAAAAUAUCCCAACUUCAGACAUUGCGAAGCUACAACCUAUUUCAGAACACGUUUUGAUUUGACACCAAACAAAAAUUCAAUCUCGAGGGCUUUGAUGGAUGCUAGAAGUGUAGUGUAUGGUGAUGAAAAGGAACAAUAUAAGAUGGUGAUGGACUAUGGCUUGACUUUGCUGAAAACCAAUCCCGGUUCAACAGUGCAAAUAUGUACCAAACCUCAACCAAAUGGAGAAGUUAUUUUUGAGAGAAUGUAUGUGUGCUUAAGUGGUUGUAAAAAUGGGUUCAAAUCUGGCUGCCGUCCUUUGAUUGGAUUAGAUGGAGCAUUCCUGAAGACUCAAUUUGGUGGACAAAUUCUGUCAGCUGUUGGACAGGAUGCGAACCAUCAUAUCUACGUCAUUGCAUGGGCAAUUGUGGAGAUAGAGAAUAGGGAAAACUGGAAGUGGUUUCUUGAAUUACUGCAUCUAGACUUGGGACAUUACAAAGAAAAUGGCUGGUGCUUUAUAUCCGAUAUGCAAAAGUAUGUUUGCUAUAUUAGUGCAGAAAGGUUUCAUCAGUUUGCAAGUUAUUUGACUGAAAUGUUGAUUGGCAUGGACUAUUAUGGGGAGGGUGAGUUUAUGUUAGGGACUGUUAUGGUGAUCGACCAUGAUUGGCAGGGACUAAUACACUAUGUGUUAUUAAAUGACCAUGACUGGCAGGGACUAAUAUCAGCAAUGUACGAGGUGUUCAAUGCAAAGAUCAAGGAUGCAAGAGCCAAGCCCAUUAUAACAUUGUUGGAGGAGGUUCGAAUGUUCGUAAUGCGGACCACAGCCAAGAACAAGGUGAAACUAAACAAUCACACUGGAGUGCUCACAUCGGUUAUAAAGAGUCGACUAGAGAAACCUCAAGAUGAUGGUGACCAACGUGAUGGAGAAGACAAUCAUCUUGUGCAGUCUACUGAGAUUGGCCAAGCCACUUCUGAUGCACAACCUGUAGAGAUAGAUAUAUCUCAGCCAACUGCUUCUGAUGUAGAAGAUUCUCAAAAGGAUCAUGGAAUAAAAAGGCCUUCAACAUUAUCACCAAGGAGAAGAUCCUCUCCACUAGCAACUUCUGUCCCAGUGAAUUCCAUGCAGGGUGCUAGUUCAGGAACUGCAACAAGACUUGUCAAUUACAUGAAGUUCAUCCCAACUCCAGGAUUUAAGGCUCCAAGAAAGAAGAAUUGAAGACUUUAGCUUAAUAUGUAUAGGGCUUUCUGUUUUGAUGUUAAUACUUUUUGCUAGACAAAGACUACACAAGGAAAAAACAAUCCUUUAUGUUUUGCUGUAAAGUCU